UUGGUAUGGAAUCCUGGGCAUCAAAGUGAACACGCAGCACUUACCGAACAUUCAUUGUAGACUCACUCUGCAGCGUUACAACAGCUGAAUUCAACAUCUGAAUAUUUGCAGUGUUUUUUUGGACAAACAUAAAUUUACAAAAACCAUGUUUAAUAAGACGAUAAACGUCCUUCAUCCUGCGGCCUCUGAGCGAAACUCAGAGAGCUGUGGCACCACCGCCCAACUCACCGAGAGCCUGGGACAAAAUUGCAGCGGAUCUGCAAAGAAGAGGAAGGCCGACACAACAUCCGAGUCUCCCAGAAAAAGGCAGAGGCGUGCCAGUGGAGCCGCUCAGUUGGCAUUCGAGGCUGUUCCAGCAAAGGGCGUCAAAAGGAGGGCCAGCACCGAGCGAGAGCCGCUUGGAAAAAAGCAGAAGUGUGGACCCAGCUGCACAAACUGCGAUGAAGCCAUCGGGGGGGCUAACAUGAAGGAGCAGGACAAUGCCGAGAAGCUGGUGGCAUCACAGGCUCCCGAGCGCGCCCGUGACCCCUCCCCAGGUCCAUCAAUCUCCACUCAAAAAAGAGCGAGUGCAUCCCUCCAAUUCGCACACAACAGAGCCUGCUUUGAGAAGAAGUACGUGGAGCGCGGCCUGCUUGGUCGAGGAGGUUUCGGUUCAGUGUAUGCUGGGAGGAGAAAGAUGGAUAGAUUACCAGUGGCGAUCAAACACAUCCGCAAGGAAGCUGUGAAACGUCAAGAAGUGGACUUCAAUGGCAGGACAUGCAUCAUCCCGCUGGAAGCUUUCCUCAUGCUGAAACUGGGAGCUGGAGCAGCAUCAGUAGGCACUUGUGCAGCUGUCUCUAUACUAGACUGGUAUGAGCUAGAGCGGGAGGUUCUUCUGGUCAUAGAAAGACCAGUCCCAUGUGUGGACCUGCUGAAGUAUGUGGCGUACAAUGGUGGAUACCUGAAGGAGGAUGUUGCUAAGAACAUCAUGAAGCAGCUGGUGGAUGCAGCUUUAAUGAUGCACACCAAAGGCGUCUUCCACCGCGACAUCAAGGCCGACAACCUGCUCCUCGAGACCGGCUCCAAAAACCCUCGAGUGCGCAUCAUAGACUUUGGAUGUGGCUGCCUGGUACAGGAAGAACCAUACAGCAGCUUCAGUGGGACCAGAGUGGAUUCCCCUCCAGAGACUUUCAAAUGCAGGAGCUUUGAGGCUGUCUCCACCACAGUCUGGCAGCUGGGCAUGCUGCUUUAUGAAAUGCUGCAUGAUGUGGAAUGUUUCACCGUCUCAGACUUGCUCCGUGGGAAACUUCCUGUAAACAUGUCCCAAGACUGCUGGAAUUUUGUGAGGCUCUGCGUAACUCCAGACCCACAAGAGCGGGCCACCUUAGAGCAGCUUCAGCAGCACCCCUGGCUGCAGAAUCAAGCUGCAGUCACACCUGAAACACCUGGUGAUAUGCCUGGCCUGUAAUCUUUCUCUCUCUCUCUCUUUCUCUCUUUCUUUCUUCCUUAUUUGGAUUUUGUUCAUUUACUUUGGUUUAAUUAAUUACUUGAUAGUUAUCAGUCGCAGCAGAUGACUGCCCCUCCCUGAGCCUGGUUCUGCUGGAGGUUUCUUCCUGUUAAAGGGAGUUUUUCCUUCCCACUGUCGCCAAGUGCUUGCUCAUAGGGGGUUUCUUGUUAUUCUUAUUAAUAUUGUUGUUUUUCUUAUUAGUCGCAGUAGUUGCUACUAAUGAGAAAAACAAUUUGUUAUUUUCAUUC